AUGCCGCGCCUGCAGUGUUUGCUUUGUGCGGGCGACAACGGGCGUGUCGUGACCAUUGAGGUUUCUUCGAGUGAGCGCAUCGGUGUGCUCCAAGAUCUCGUCCACGUCGAGCUGAACACGAUGGGCUUUCAAGCGGAAUCAAGCAGCAUUAUGAAACUCUACUGCGUGCAACACCAGAGACUAACCUACCGCCCAAAUCUGACGACAAAGACGGACGCGCUGUACCUGGAUCAUGCUGCAGUAUCGGUUUCUGACGCAAGUUGUGCUGUGGUGCUUCUGACGUUUACACCGCUCGUGCAGUGGGCGCUCGUGUCAUGGUAUUUCUCAGACCAGCAGUUUACCUUUCCUGACGUUGUCGACAUUGUGGUCGUCUGGGAGGAUGUGGAAUAG